UAAUCAAUCAAGAAAAGUAUUAAGCAAAGUAUCCCUCCUAAAUCUUAUCACUCUCGACUCCUAAUUUCUAUUCUCCUCUAAUCCAAUGCGUCCGGACGGAUUACUCAUAUUGAAUUUUGUUUUGAUACCUAAGCAUUCUUUCUAAUAGUUGUAUCACUCUGGGUAUGGUGUGUGAAAGCGAUGUUUCCAAAGGCCAAAAGAGGACUGGACUAUCCAAUCAAAACCUCCAUCUUCUCGCAAAAGUGUUUAACGUACACGUCAAAACGCAGGCGGAGUACUCUGUACUCUCCCUCCCGCAAUUUCUUGUACUACUCCUCCCCGCAACCAACCCCCUAGGAAAUGACGAAAAUAAUCCCCCUUCCCUGAAAUACCUUCCUCCUCCGGCCUCCUCUUCCACCAAACAAACGCUUACGCCUCCCUUGGGUCUGCGGCAAUCAAUCAAUCCUCUCUUCCCUCCGCUCGCUCGACUGCGACACUAGAAAGGAUGAUGCACAUGACUUUCUACUGGGGGCGGGAGGUAACAAUCCUCUUCGACUCCUGGCGCACCAAGUCCUGGGUCGACUACUCACUCUCCCUCGUCGCCUGCCUCCUCGCCGCCGCCUUUUACCAGUACCUCGAGAACCACCGCAUGCGCGUCAAGAUCGCGGCCGCUGCGGGAUCGGCGGGGAAGAGCGCCGGCGGAGGAGGAGGGGAAUCAGGCGCCGAUGUACCCUUGAUCCAGCGGAAAUUCGGCGGGUCGGGGAAGUGGUCGGCGGCGAGGGUGGUCGGGGCGGCGCUGUUCGGGCUGAAUUCGGCGAUCGGGUACAUGCUGAUGCUGGCGGUGAUGUCGUUCAACGGCGGGGUGUUUGUGGCCGUGGUGGUUGGGUUGGGGAUCGGGUAUUUGUUGUUUAGGGGCGUUGAUGAUGAGAGCGUGUUGGUGGCGGACGAGACUUCUUGUGCCUGUGCCUGAUUCAUCGAUCGAUCGAUGAAGCAAAAGCAAGGGGUUUUCACUUCUCCCCCUGCUCCAACUUUAUGCCUCUUUUUUUUUUUUUUUCUCUUUACUUUUCCAUGUGUGUAUAUUUUGUGUAAGAGUGAGGAUUUGGGAUCUGAUGCAAUGGAGGAUUGGCUCUUUUCUUGCUUCUUUGUAGUUUACCUUCAAAUUAGAGCCAGCUCUUAAGCUUGUCUGGACUUGUUCUGUGACUGUGAUUCAGUGUUUGUUCUUCGCGCGCCAGAUACAGCUGAUCUUGUAGACAUCAGGAGGUUCUGGAGAUGCAUUUUGGGUGGCAGAGGAAAUCUAAUAUGCCAGGCGAAAAUUUGUUGCGCCAAACGAAUCCGUUCAACUCAAAUCGACUGAAGCUUUUAACUUGUAAUUGCCAGUUAGUUGUGGAUUUUUUAUGACACCGUGCGCACAUCAUUUAUGAUCAACUUAAUCCACCUCUCUUUGAACCAUUACUGCAUCCAGAAAAUGCAAUGCCACUCUGCUCUUUCGUAGGCCUUUACCAUAUCUAUCUUUUUUCUGCAAAGUAUUCCAAGCUUGGAACAAAUGUACUACUUUGCUCAGGCGAGAUUACAAUAUGAAGUAGUGGCUUUCGACGGUUAGCUAAUAUCUGUGCCACCAAUUUAUAUAAUACAUUGCACAAACUUGUAUAGGUUGAUAUUCCUUUGGUGACUGUGGAGAUUCCACCUUCCGAAUCAGGACUUUUAACAGUAUUGUUCGGCUCUGUAAGCAAGGAUCCUCCUUCCAAGCUUUCCAGGACAAUAGUUGGAAAAAAAUUGGAAUCAAAGAAAGAAUUAAUACCUUAGUUUGGCCUGAAUUAUAGACAAACUUUCUACUUUGGCCCGUGGUAUCGGAAAUUGCUAUUUUGGUCUGAACUAUAUAGCAUACUUUCUUAUUUGGCCAGGAGGCGGGUUUGACCGUCAAAUUAAACGGUCAACCGAAUUGACCGUUAGUCAAGAUCCAUCUCACUUGCCACAUCAGCUAGUAAAGAAUAAAAAAUUCGUUUUUUAAAUCUGUAUUUUUACUUUCUAAUAAUAAAAAUAAUAAACAAAAAAUAUUAAUUAAGAAAAAUCCAAUUUAUACUCUCCCUCCUCUCACCUUGAUGGGAAAAAAAAUUCUCUCCCCUUCCAAACCAAUCUUCUCCGAAACCCUAUCCCCUUUCCAUUUGCUCACUCUCUCUCCCCUCACUCUGCCCCUCUAAACCUUCAUCGCCGCUCAUCACGGCAGGAUUCAUCUCUCCAGAAACCCCCAACCCUCAUCAAACCCUUACGUCGAUUGAAACCCCCUACUAUUGUUCAUUAUGAGGAGGGAGAGAGCGACCACAGAGGCAGGCGAUUUUGAGCCAGAGGAGAACGAAGAUGAACUCGUCAAAGUCUCCACACGCGCGCCGCAAAGCUGAUGUUUAUCAUUAUCGGCGAGAUUGGUCGUCGCCACCAUAGUCAUGUUUGGGUACUGAAUCGAUUUCGGUCUCGCUCAUCUCCUCCGUUUGAAUGCGUUUUUGGUGGGUUAGGGAUUUGGGUUGCUGAAUCGUGUAAAUUGAUUUGGAUGACAAACAUUUGGAGAUAUCAAUUGUAAGAGUUAUGAAUGGAAGGUGGCGAUGGGAAGCAAAAGCAUUGUCUGCUAAAUGGUUAGUUGGAAAUGGAAAUGGAAGGUGGCGAUGGGAAGCAGAAGGAAGGCAGAUCAGUGAGGAGAGAGUCGGAGAAGAUAAAGGAUUCUUGCGUUUUCUUUUGUUUGUUAGUUUUAUGAAUUUUUUCUUUUGUUAAAUGUGAUAAUAAAAUAAUAAACAAACGAAUAAGAAAGUAAAAAAUGAAUU